AUGAAGGUCUCUGUCCUUGUGAAGCUUGGUGCCCUCGCAAGGCUGACCACCGCCAGCUUGCUAACCCGGCAGUCACAAUGCAGCGGAGAGCCUGCCACUCUAACAUUAAGCGACCCUCCGUACCAGAACUUCUUCUACUCUGACUGCAACACCGCUGCCCAGCUUGUCGUUACAAGUCCCCUUCCAGACAGCGAUCUGGAAAUCAUCGGCCCGCGCUUGAUCGUGGCCUGGCCUGCUGGUAAUAGCGGAGUAUGUGCCUUCUUCGCGCCGCAGAAUGGGGUCAAUGGCAGUCUCUCAAUCUCGCUUGUUAAUUCGACAGCUGGCCCUCCAUUAACCGCUAUCCACACUGAGCCACCUGAGAAUUCUGCGACCGAUUUGCCGAUAGUGGGUGUACAGGGAAUCGUGAGGUUCAACGCAUCGGCUGUCCUGACCGUUCCUAUUUUGGGAAGUAUUAGGACGAUCAGAGAUUUUGUCGAAGGACCCAGUCUUCUGUACCCUGAGGUGCAGGACGCUAUCAUGUUUGGCACCACUCCAGAUGGGGGCGUUACGCUUGAACGCCUCUGGCUGGAUAAUGUUACCACCACUAGUCUUAACUUCGUGCCCAUGAACUCGAGCUAUAGCCAGGUUUCAAUUGCGGGCAGGACAGUGACUUUCACACCGGGGGAUUAUAUGUUCUCCGCAUCCUACAACUAUCCCCAGUUGACGCAGCUGAAGCCAUCGGCUGUGCUUGCUAACAAGUCCGCCGAUCUCAUUACCGAGUAUCCUACCCAAACAACAGCACUGUCAUUCCUAUCGUACUCCGAGAAACUCCUGGCCGGAGCGUGGAGGUUUCUGACAUACUUUGGCCGGGACUCGAUGAUAUCUGCGCUACUUUUAGACCCGAUUUUGAGCAGUGGUGAAGAUAGUGCCAUGGAAGCUGUUAUUGGCUCUGUUCUGGAACGGAUUAAUCGCACGGAUGGAAGUGCUUGCCACGAGGAGACGAUUGGGAUUCCCGCCGGCUCUGUCGAUGCUUUGAACCAGAACAUCACAUACGGUGAACUCGCCUUCCGCAACGCCCAGCGAGUUCUACGUUUAGCCGCUCCAUUCGUGAAAAAUCCCGUGAAGGAAAAUCUGAUCCAUCUGAAGCCGAAUGAGGUUGUCGGCCAAUGGAGAGAUAGCACUUAUGGCCUUGGUGGCGGUCGUAUCCCAUACGAUGUAAAUACAGCCCUAGUGCCUGCCGCCCUUCGUGCCAUUUCGGCUCUCGCUCGCGAAGGCGUCUUUACAACCGACAAGCGCUGGGCUACCCUUGCAGAUCGAUAUGCCAAGGUCUGGGAGGAUGAGACCUUGUCAUUUUUCGAGGUCACGAUCCCCAAAGAAACAGCAAAGAGCCUUGUUCAGUCCUACACCAACCGUACCAGAUUUGAGGGCCCCAGCCACGCGAACUCAAUUGACGACGACAUCCACUUCCACGCUGUCGCCCUCGAUGGUAACAAUAACCUUUCCCACGUUGAGGUGAUGAACACCGAUGACUGUUUCCGCCACUUCCUCCUGAACACCACGAAUCAAGCUCAAUUAACCGCGUUCGUUAACCAGACCGCCAACAAUAUCCGACGCACUUUCCCUGCCGGCCUCAUGACUGGUGUCGGACUGGUCGUUGCGAAUCCCGCGUACGGCUCGGACCCUGUAUAUGCGCGGAAUUUCACAAAUGGCGCUUACCAUGGCACGGUGGUGUGGAGCUGGCAGUUGGCGAUGAUGGCGAGAGGGUUGGAGCAACAACUGGGGAGAUGCAUUGAUUCAAAAGAAGCUGCUGUGCCGCAGUUUUGCAAGGACGAUACCGUCUAUACGAAUGUGCAACUGGCAUAUAAUCUCCUCUGGGAUAACCUUGAAGCAAAUUCCGCACAGCUUUCGUCGGAGGUUUGGUCGUGGGUAUUCAGGGAUGGGCGGUUUAUCCCGACUCCGCUAGGGGUGUUGCCGGCUCCCCCUGGCGUUGGGGGUCAGACUGGCGGGUCUAAUGAUACAAUUUUCUAG